AACUCCAAUCAAAUUCAUACAUGCAUGUUUCCCUCCUAUCCAAUCUUACACCAAGUGUCUCUUUCUUCACUGCGCGCUUGAAAACAUAAAAAAGAACAUCUCAAACAAGGGGUAGUUUACAAGAAGAAAAAGUGAAACAGAGGAAGAAAAGAAAUGGCGGAAGGAAUAGUGAAACAUAUAGUCCUGUCAAAGUUCAAGGAUGAAACCUCUGAAGAACAAAUUGAUGAAAUAAUCAAGGGCUAUGCCAAUCUCGUCAAUCUCAUCCCACAGAUCAAAUCAUUCCGCUGGGGCAAAGAUGUAAGUGCUGAAAACCUGAACCAAGGUUUUACUCAUAUAUAUGAAUCAACCUUUGAUAGUGUGGAAGCCAUUGCCGAGUUUAUAGCUCAUCCUUCCCAUGUUGAGUAUGCAAAUUUGUCCCUUCCCUACGUGGAGAAUGUGCUUGCAGUUGACUAUAAGCCCACAAUCGUUAACCUUUGAUUGCUUUGGUUUUGUAAUGGAUCGUUGAUUUAUUACUAUUUCUGUUGAGUCAGUGUGUACUACAAUUAAAAUUGAGUUCCUCUUAGACCAAGUUGGACCAGGAGAAUUACUGAUCUGA